GCAGCAACUAUAUAAACAACACACUCUGCGGUAACGCGAGCAAAGCGCCGUUCCUCGUGUACGCGGACGGGUAGCUGCACUGCAUCCUCACUCCUGUGUUAAUCGUCUCUGGCGCGUCUGGCUCAAGCGGUGAAGAUGGCGCCUGUGGUUCUGGGCUACACCAACGCGCGAGGCCUGGCCCAGAGCAUCCGCAACCUGCUCGUCUACAAGGGCGUCCCGUUCGAGGAGAAGCAGUACAAGCUGGGGCCAGCGCCCAGCUUCGAGAAAGCCGGCUGGCUGCAGGAGAAGUUCAGCCUGGGCCUGCAGUUUCCCAACCUGCCCUACUACUCGGACGGCGACGUGAACAUCACGCAGAGCGUCGCCAUCCUGCGAUAUCUGGGAAGGAAGCACGACCUCGUUGCCAAGAACGCCGAGGAGACGACGCAGCUGGACCUUCUGGAACAGCAGGCCAAUGACCUAAUCUGGAGCUUGGUGGUGGCCGCCAUGGGCCCUGCUGGAAGCGAGGGCCGUCGCCAGCACGACGCCAACCUCGUGGUGAUGCUCAGGGGCUGGGAGGAUCACCUAAAGAAGCGCAAGUGGGCAAUCGGAGACCACCUCACCUACGUGGAUUUCUUGCUCUACGAGGGCCUCGCCUGGAACCUCGAGUACAAGCCGGAGGUCUUCGCAAACUGCCCUUCCAUCAAGCGGUAUCUGCAGAGCUUCGAAGUGCUGCCCAAAAUCAAGGAGUACUUCGCCUCGCCCAGCUACAUCAAGUGGCCCAUAUUGGGACCCAACUUCGAGUGGGGCUUCAAGAAGUGAACUCCACGCAUUUUACCAAGGCUGGUCAGGUAUUGCUGCAGCCGUCAAUAAAGUAAAUCCACGUGGUGUCUC